UCGGCUGUUAAUUUAUAGUAGCCUUUAAUAAGAGUGAAAGGAAACUUUACUCUGUUCCGCUUUAAGUCCUGAGGAAUCGUUGCGAAUGCAAUUAUAUCAGAAAGCCUGAUUUUAACAGCGCUCAUUGAUAAAAUAUUAACAUUUUCUGUUUAAUAUUAAUAACAUUUUUAAGUUGUUCUUCGAUCAAUUCCACUGUGACUUUGUAUAGGGGCGUGUUUUCGGAAUGUUUUUAUUUCCCUUUCUUUUAAUGUAAUGACUCUGAUUCCAGCUAUAGCCUAACAAGAGUAGGAUGAUUCUUGCGCCGUGUUCUAGCAGUGUGUGGUACAGAGAGCGGCGUCUGUACCUUUGAGGGUAUCUUGGACAUGCUCCACACGCAGCACCGACUCCACCUGACCACAGGCUCGCAGUUUCAGGAAGUCUGCCGCUAUUUCUAUCGCUGCUCGCAGGCAGUCACGAAGUGAGCUACUUGGACCUGACCGGGCUGUUCAUCGUGAGAGAGGAAGAUAAGGUUACCUUAGAGAGGACACUUUUCUCCCUCACUCCUUCAUCUUCUGUUGAUUAAUAAAACAAUAAUCGCUUGGACCAAUCGUUGAUGGGAUGUUUGGGAUAGCCACGGGACUUUGGUAUCAGCAGUUCAUCAGCAGGGACCAGCGGACCUUACACAGAGCGCCUGAAUAAAGCGAACAGACUUCGCAGCCCAGCGACUCUCGAAUCUUGCGUGUUUUGAAGUUGAAUCGGAACUGUAGCUCACCCGAGUGAAUUCUGGAACACAACACUCAUUUCUCACAGAGCACAAAUGGUUUUCCCUUGGGACGCAAAAUACGACCCCACCCCUGGGCGCCGCUUCACUCCCCCAUCCACCACCCUGAGCCCGGGGAAGAUGAACGAGGGGCUGCCACUUGGGGCCCAGGACAGCAGCGCCGCCCUGGUGGGCAAGAUGCGCAUCACGGACAGGAACAUGGUGGAAAUGCUGUCUGACCAAUCAGGGGAGCUGAUGCGCACGGAUAGUCCCAACUUCCUCUGCUCCGUCCUGCCCUCCCACUGGCGCUGCAACAAGACCCUGCCCAUUGCAUUCAAGGUGGUUGCCCUCGGCGACAUCCCCGACGGCACCCUGGUGACGGUGAUGGCGGGGAACGACGAGAACUACUCAGCCGAGCUGCGCAACGCCACCGCCACCAUCAAGAACCAGGUUGCCCGCUUCAACGACCUGCGCUUCGUGGGUCGCAGCGGCAGAGGGAAGAGCUUUACUCUCACCAUCACUGUCUUCACCAACCCGCCGCAAGUGGCUACCUACCAGCGAGCCAUCAAGAUCACAGUGGACGGUCCGAGAGAACCACGCCGGCACAGGCAGAAGCUGGAGGAGGCAGGAAAGCCAGGCGCCCUAGCGUUCUCUGAGCGGCUCAGCGAGCUGGAGCAGCUGAGGCGGAGUGUGAUGAGGGGCAGCCCCCACCACCCCCCCACAUCCAACCCCCGCCCCGCCCUCAACGGCACCCCCUUCAGCAGCCCCACCCACAUCUCCGACUCCAGACAGAUGCAGACGUCACCCUCCUGGUCAUUCGAGCAGCCCUACCCUUACCUGGGACAGAUCUCCACACCCACUGUCCACCCUGCCACACCCAUCUCGCCUGGCCGAGCCAGUGGCAUGUCCACCCUUACUGACCUCUCCAGCCGGCUCUCAGGUCCUGACCUGACAGCAUUCAGCGAUCCACGCAUGAGCCUCGAGCGUCCUUUUCCCUCCCUGCCCUCCCUGCCUGACGGCCGCUUCUCUGAUCCCCGUAUGCACUACCCUGCCGGGGCCUUUACCUACACCCCAACACCUGUCAGCAGUGCCAUUGGUAUUGGCAUGUCGGCCAUGACAGGCCCCACUCGUUACCAUGCCUACCUGCCCCCUCCGUACCCUGGCAGCUCCUCCCAGGGGCAGGGUGGGCCCUUCCAGACUGGCUCCUCCCCCUACCACCUCUAUUAUAGCACCGCUGCCGGGUCGUACCAAUUCUCCAUGGUGUCCGGGGGGGAACGCUCUCCCCCCCGCAUCCUGCCACCUUGCACCAACGCCUCAACAGGCUCCACCCUGCUCAACCCCUCCUUACCCAAUCAGAGUGAAGUAGUGGAGGCAGAGGGCAGCCACAGCAGCUCCCCUACCAACAUGGCUGCUGGAGCCGGACGCUUGGAGGAGGUGGUAUGGCGGCCAUACUGAUACCCCACCCACCACCCUGUGUCACUUCAUCCCACCUGAAUGACAGGCUCAGACCUGUGGAUGCAGAGACACACUCCCGCCUCUCACUUCAGUACUGAACUCUUGCUCUUUAUGUGAAGAAGACUGUUCAGAGCAGAGACCUAGUGGUACAGGCCAGGGGGCCAGAGAAAAACCAUAAGUCAAACAUUCGAGUCAUCCAUUUCCCUUUGGUUAAGGAUUCUUAAAUUGUUAAUAUAUGCCCGUCCUGACAUGGAUGUCUGUGUUUUGAAUAAUUGGCCCCCUGCCCGAUUCUGAGGAGAAAAAAAGAAGUCAGUAGCAGUGAAUGUAUUCCAUUUUGGAUGGAGUAAAGAAGACUGCUUUGUAUGGUUUACACUCUUUGCUGUUCACAUGUCCCGGCCUUCUGCAUCUCUCCGACGGCCAACUCAACCUCUGACCCACAACUUCUAACCCUUCACCGUGUCCUCACCUCUCUGUGGAGUCUGAAGCCCUUGGGGACAAGAGUGGUCAACAAAGCCAGCGGCACAUGAUACAGGUCACGUUCAAAC